AUGACUAGAGUAUGUUUAAACGUUCUACUGGGCAUACCAGGCUCAGGAAAGACCAACUACUGCCAAGAACUCGUCGCGCUACCCAGCAGAAGCUUCAAUGUCGUGCACGUAUGCUAUGAUUAUUUCAUUAAUAUCGAUGUAAACUAUGAUAAAUUCCGCGAUACAAAAGGCUUGUACAAGCAGCAUCGACAAAAGCUCCUAUCGUACGUCGAAAUGAUCAUACUGUACCUGAAACAGAACGAUCAACCGAAGCUGCAGCAAGUGUUGGCGCGUUGGAACAAAGAGUUUGAGCAUGAAUUGAACAUUUCUACCGAAACCAUGUCAUCGGACUUUGUGUUUCUUAUCGACGAUAAUAACUACUACAGGAGUAUGCGAGCGGAAUGGCAAAAGAUUGCUAGAAAGCUUUCCAUCGGCUAUUUUGAAGCAUUUUUCGAUACUUCUCUUGCGAUUGCUGUGCAAAGAAAUCGAGCGAGAACAUCACCCAUUGCGGAGGAGGUUAUCAAUCACAUGUGGAUGCGUUUAGAGAAACCAAGCAGUAAACUUUAUGACCGUGAGCAACAGGUCGUGGUAAUUCAGGAAAGUGUCGAUUAUAAAAUAAUUGCCGGACAAAUACAAUACUGCUUUGAACAUCCAUUAGAACACUCUGUAGUGCGACCAGUAACACAACCGAUGGAACAAUCUACGGUACAUAAAAUAGACAUUAUUUUACGGAAGAUUAUUUCAAAGAAAACCGCUGAAGCAAAGGAAAGCAUGUCCUCAAGACUAGAAUUUCAAUCGUACGUUAAGGUACUGCAGCAAAGGAAAACAAUACUUUUGCAACAGAUCCGACAAGGGGAACUAAAUGUGUCGGGGGAGAUGAUGGAUAGUGUUGUAGAGGAGCUAUUUUGA